AUGUCUAACGUGUCCUCUGACAAUUCUCGGAACCGAUCCAAUUCCAAUUCCGCUUCAACCUUACUAACUCCCUCUCUUCAUCUCUCCAUCCAAAACAAUAAUAACUUGCUUCUUUCUCCGAGAGUGAAUUCGAGUAGAUCUUCUUCUCCGAUGCCAUCACCUGGAAGAUUUUCAAGUUCUCCAAUGCCAUCACCUGGUCGUUCAAAUUCGGCAUCGGGUUUUUAUUCUCCAAUGCCUUCUCCAGGAAGGUAUUCGCCGAUGCCAUCUCCUGGUAGAUCGAAUACUGUUGGAAAUUUAAAUGUUUUGAAACGACGAGGCUCAUUCAGUAGAGCCAAUAGCUCAAUGAGUGUUGGAACCAACCAUAGUUCCUCACAAUCUUUUAUUUCUAUAAAAAUCAAUGACGAAGACAGCACCAUAGCAGAGACUCCAAACGGAGAGUUACAACCUCUUAGUUCGAAAUUUAAAAACAAUCAACAACAGAAAAUGAUAUUUGACUCACCACAAAUGGUGGCAACAAUGAAAGAAAUUAAAUCAUUCAAGAAAAAUCAAGCGCCAACAAAAGAAACUUUUAGAAAAAUUGCUCAAGACCUUAAAGAUGACAAAUUAAUUUCAAAAUUAUCACGAUUGCAUUUGGACGUUAUUGAAAAGCGUCGAAAAGAAGCAAAAGAGCAAGGUGUGACGUUUCAUGAGUUUGGAGCUACAGGAAAAGUAAUUACGGAUGAUGACUAUGAUGAGUCCUUGGAGUUUAUUGAAAAAGUAGUCAAGAGAUUGUCAGAUCAUUUGGAAUAUACAAAAAUUGAAUUGUUUAAAAAACUCAACGUUUUAGUCACUAAUGAAGAGGAAGAUUAUUCGAAAACUUUCAAAAAAACAGUAGUGGAUGUGAUUGAAUCUAACAAGGAAAAUUCCAAAACGCAAGCAAAUUCGAAUAUAAUCAAAACUGAUGAGGAAAUUCAACAAUUUUUUGAUGAACAAAUCCAGCUUGUUCAUAAAUAUUGGCAACAAGAAUUUGUACUUAGAAUGAAGAGUUCUCAAACACUCCAAAAAGAGAAGGAGCUACGAAACAAAGAAUUAGCCAAAGAAGAAGGGAACCCAAAUUAUAUUGGCAUUGAUCAAUAUAGAAAGCUUCAACUAGAAUCCAAGGUGUUAAAUUCUCUCAUAGAGCAACGAGACAAGUUGCUCGAAGAGCAGAGAACAGAAUAUUUCAAAGAGCUGCUUUCACUGAAAGAAGAAUUGUUAAAAGCGAAUUAUCAGUAUUCAGCUCCUUCAUAUUUUCCUGCAAACUUUGACAAGGUUCUGAAUUUACCAUUUCUGGAAGAUGAAAACGUAAAAGAGUUGAAUCAGGUUUUGUUAAAAACAAAAACAAUGCUAAGCGAAAAAGAAAACGAAAUUCGAACACUGUUGGGAACCAUCAAUAAUUUUCAGGCCGAGACAUUCGAAAAGCUUAAAAAAAACCAAAAAGAAUGUGUCGUUGAAAAUUUAAUUGAAACAGCCAAAGCGUUCAAAUUUAAAGCAGACAAAUUUUCAGCCGAUAAUGAGAAUCUAGUGUCACUUGAAAAAUACAACUCACUACUGCAAAAAUUUGAAAAUAUGGAGCAAGAAAGCGAAUCGCUCAAGAAGGAAAUCAUUUCACUACAGAAUAUUCAACGAGCUCAAAUGAAUAUCACUACUACCGAUUUAAAGAAGCCGUCAACGUGGCUUACCAUGAGUCAGGACUUGUCUUUCACAUCGUUGGGAUCACCAACGUCCUAUCAUCACGAGUGGAAUGACGAUUCUGAGGAUGAAACUGAACUACACUCUACUAGCGAAGAAGAUGAAAUCAAAAAACUCAAGAAGCGACUUAAAUCUAAGGACAAUAGAAUUAUGCAACUCUCUGCAAUCAUUGAAGAGAUGGAGGUGAGACUCAAAACAAUGCAUGAUCCCAAGCAGUUUAAGGAGGCAAUUAUGAAUCCAAUACGUAAAUUUGAAGCGUACAAACAACAAAUAGCGGCCCUUGAAUCAGAGACGUUUGUGUUACAAAAGGAAAUUGAUUUGGGUAGUAUCAGGGAAGAAGAACACAUUCGUUCAAAGAAUAUUCUUUCACUCAAAAUUGAAGAUCUUUCAAGUCGUUUACGAGACAUGUUCACAUGGAAGGCCCAACAAGAAGCCAAAACGGCAACCUAUCUGAAAGAUAUCGAAACGAUGCGUGGAAAUGUGGAAAAGCAAAAAGACAAAGUUAAGACUCGAGAUAGAACUAUUGACAAUUUGAAACAACAACUUUCUGAAAUGAAGAAAAAACUAGAAGAAAAACAAGCACCACCUUUACCAACUCCAACCCCAACCAUUAUUUCUCAUUCUGUGUUUUCAUCAAAUUGCAAAGACAUGGAGGUUCAAACAGACACUUCUUUUCUUCCUAAAACACAUUUCAAAACAUUCAACGACAGCGACUUGUUGUCAAGUGAAGAAACGUGUGACAAGUCCACACAAACCUCACCUCACUCACUGGAUUCCAUUGAAAUUAGUGUCACAUCUCCAAAACCAUCGACGCUUGUCACUCCUUCCUCAUCCUCACACACCAUCCCAUCCAAACCAUCAACCAACAACACUACUGCCAACAAUACGACGACUACUAAGAGCAAUACGAUCACUUUAACAAGCUACUCGAGCAAGUCACCUAGUUCAUCCAACAGUGGAACCAAAAAACCAACAGAAACUAGCACUACAACAAAAACGAAUCCCUCUGAAUCUUCUCAACAUGUAAAUACCUCAACCAAUCACCCACAAUCUUCAAUACUAUUGAACCACAACAUCUCGGCAACAUCAGAAACACCUACCACUUCUAACAACAAUCAUGACUCAACAAUUUCCACAACAGCAACACCUACUACAUUUGCUACUUUACAACAAACAAAACAAGAAGAGCCUCCUCUUGACCUGGAUGAUCCUGAUUUUGCAGUUCGAAAAGUUAUAAGGCCAGUUCAGAAAAAACAGAGUAAUGUCACUCCAAGUAAUAAUGUUAUCACACAUUCAACUGGCUCCACUUCUAAGGAUGAGUUACAUGAUACAUGCAUUCAAGCAACAGCUACUACUUCUACUAAUGUGAAGGAGAUCUCUUCUUCCGUAUGUGAUUCAGUGGCAACAACACCUGCAUCCUCAACAAGUUCCACUGAAACAGUAACAGAGCUACCUCCAGACUCGUCUACGAACGAAUCCAUAACCAUUGCGCCAAAAAUGAAUGAGAGUCAACCUAUUCUAAAAAACACACCUGAACACAAUGAAAAAGAGAGAAAGAACGACAACAAGUUACCAAACAACACCACAACCAAUGUUUCUGAGUCCUCUCACCAACCAACACACAACACUCACACAACUCAAGCGGACAAUUCUCAUGAUCAUGGUCAGAAUCGACAACAAACACAAUCAGAGAAAGCACAUUUCAUUUCAAAUGAGCAGCAUACUCACGACCACACUCCUCAACACCUCGUUUCAUCGUUGGAAUAUACUCGUGGAGACUCACCCAUAUUUUAUGACAUUGCACACUUAAUGACCAAAGACGAGCCUCCAGAAGAGACUGAAGAAGAGAAAGCUCUUCAUCAACACACAGAACCCACAUGGUACAAGAUUCCAAAAUCAGGUCAUUCCUAUCCAACAGAGAGUGGAGAAGAUCCACAUGAGAAUAACAUAUCUCAUCACUCAUCUAUAAACCAUCAUCAAGAUCAUCAUCAUCAUGCAACAAAAGACGAACAUUCUGCAGCUAUUAUUGAAAGAAUGAAAAAACAAGCUCGCCUUAAGAAAGUGACAUUUUCUCAUGGUUUAGACGACGGAGAGAAAAUGGAAAUUCUUGAGAGCAAAUUUAAAAAGAGAAUUGGGAUGGCCACGUUGAUUGACCGAGUCUUAGUGAGCCAGGAAGGAAAACAACUCAGAAUUCAUGGCUAUAAUGAUUAUUAUUAUGAUGAGCAUGGUAACUUGGUUUAUGGUCCCAAUCACAAUCGAACGAAUCAAAACACUGCAGCACAUCAAGACGAUAAGCAAGGGGUGAGAGAUCACACGCCUAACGAACUCAAUCAUCACACUGAAAAGGGAACUGCUAGCACCAAGUUAAAUGUCGUCAUUAGAAAGAAUUUGAAAAAUGAUCAUCCUCAAUUGGGGUCACACGAACAAAAUAAUGGAGAAGAGGGAAAUUUUACUGAAAUGGAUGAGCAAGAUGGUAACAACUCCACUGGAAAUAAGUCAAACAAACGCGGUAGGAGUACUCCAUAUGGAAUUCAUUUUGGAAAGAUGUCCUUUAACAAAUCCUCAACGAUUGAUAACAAGAAUAAUAUGCAUCCGUUUACAGGUCGUUCUGAUGAAGAUGGAAACCACACAAGUAUGAACAACUUUUCAAGAAAUGCCAAUGUCAAUGGAUACAAUUCCAACUCGGUUGUGAGAUAUGGUAAGAAAUAUUUCAAUUCCAGAGAUUUGAUGGGAAAAGACGGUGUGGAUGACCAUUCGGAUCAAUCCACACUGUAUAUUGGAAGAAAUCCUUAUUCCAGCAAUAUCAACCCCAACAGCAACACCACGAAUAAUGGAACCUCGCAUUCUAUUCAUUUUGAUGUGAAUUCUCAAUAUGCCAUCUCCAAUUUCCCCAACCGAAAAUCACGACCCAAUUCUUCACCAUCCAAUCCUACUUCGAGUGGUCAUAACUCUCCAACAAGGGCCUCUCAAAUUUUUGUCUCACUUGGUCAACAUAUUGAACAUUCAAGCUCUCAAAAAGAAAAGCGUUUAAAAGAGCUGAAGCAAGAAGAGCAAGAUAAGUUGGAAAAGAUUUUAACAACAUGGAAUCAAAUGUCCAAGGGACACCCUGAAUCUAUAGAAAAGUUAAAAGAAGAAUACAUGAAUCAAUUGAGGGAAGAAGAACAUGCACACUAUUAUGACAUUAAGGAAUCCAAAGUAGUUUCUCCCUCUAAAAAAGGAGGUAAAUCUCAUCAAUUACUCGAAAAAGAAUUUUCCACGCUUCGAUAUAGCAGCAAUGACAUUGUCAACACGUAUCAAGCAUCUCCCUUGUCUCAGAAUGUCACUGCAGGAACCUCGGAUGAAGACGACUCUAAGGUUGAGCUCAAUGACACAACGAUCACUGUUAUAACUUCUCAAGAUCCCAAUAUCGCAACUACGAACGAAGAGGAAAAACCAUCCAUAGAAUUCGAUUUGAGUGAUGAACGAGCGACACCUACCGAAAUGAUCAUGAGACCUCUAUUGAAAAUUAAGAGUUAUCAAUCACCUCCAAAAUCAACAACCAUUGAUAAGGAUGUUACGAAUACUUCUAACAACACUUCAAUGGAUAUGACACACUAUGAACAAAUGCUUUCCAUGUAUGUGGCAAACAAUCCGUUAGCACAGAAUUCUUCACCACCCUCUUCUCCUACCCUCAAUCGAAUGCAAUCCUCAUCGUCAACAUGUACCGUAACUUUACAUCAAGUAGUGCCCAUUCAUCACAAUCCAACACUCAUAUCAACCAAAAGUCUUCCAUCGGUGGUCACUGCAACAACACCGAGUACUCAUCUCACAACCACCACACCACGUAUUGGAGCCAUUAAGGGAAGAAGAAUUACGCCUACACCUCCACCUUCUGCGAAUUCAAUUUCAAUAUUUACGACGACCAGUCACUCUACAGCCAAUAGUUCUGCAAUGGCCACUCCUCUCUCAAGUCGAGAGUGGUCUCAAAAGAAAUCAAAUGCUGUUCCAUAUGUCAUCUCAAGAAGUAAGAGUGCAAUGGGUGUGAGGGAACGUGUGUCUGCAUCGUCUGUGACAACAACAACAACCACUCGUAAGAAAAUCAAAACGGCAGAUUCAGCGUCAUCUUUGAGAAGUAGCAUGCCCACGAGUGGUCGUUCAGUGUCUGUUGCUGAUGAAAGAGAAAUUUCAAAGCGAAAACUCAAGAGUCUUGUAGGUCAGUAA